UAGUUUUGCGCAAGACGAAGCCGGAAUGUUUAUCUAGGGUCUCUCCACCAUUAAGUUCAGCAUCUCCCCUGGCAUCAGUGCACAGCACACGGAGCGCACGCUACACUGCUACACUGCUACACUACAACAACAGCACAGCAGCCUUAUUGAGGAAGACCAAGGACCCCUGCAGUUUGACUUUAUGGAUCUUACAAGUGUCAAAACUGUUACCGGCAAACCCUGCGAGAUCAAAGAGCAAGGGGAGGCAGCUGGGGCAGGGGGGGAGAGGGAGGGGAAGCGGCAGUUCGCCACCGGGGAGUACGAGACCUCCGUCAGCCAGGAGAAACAGGAUGAUCUGAAGACCAACAAAGACACUCAGGAUGAUCACGAGACUGAUAAGGUGCAGUCAUUAGAGGAGACGCAGAAGGUUCUGGAAGAGAAGAAGAAGAGGAGAACCAAGAAGGGCCCAGUACGCAGACGCAAGCGUGUCCCUGCUGUGGAAUAUGUACCAUAUUAUGUGGAUGAGGUGGAUUUCCUGAAGGCUGCUGUGGAAAACAAGAUGGGCAUCAUCAACCGAUACCUGGAGAAAUGUGGAGACCCAAACACAUGCGACAACUUUAACCAGACGGCUCUGCACAGGGCCAGUAGACAGGGCCACGUAGAGGUGGUGAAGAGACUUCUGGAGGCUGGCGCAAAGAUCGAGCAGAAAGACAAGCUGGAGUCCACUGCCCUGCACGUGGCCUGCAGAGGGGGAAGCCUGCCAGUGGUGGAGCUACUACUGACCAACAACGCCAAACUCACCGCCAGAGACAAGGUCCACAGCACCCCCCUUCAUGUGGCUGUGAGAAAUGGAGCCUACGGCUGUGCCGAGCACCUCAUCCACUGCGGGGCAGACAUCAACGCCAAAGACAGGGAGGGAGACACGCCGAUGCACGAUGCCAUCAGACUGAACAGGUUCAGCAUUGCCCAGUUGCUGUUCCGUCAUGGCGCUGACAUGAAGAUCAAAAACUGCGAGGGAAAGUCACCAAUGGAUAAUGUGCUGGAAUGGCAGGAUGGAGCCAAAGAAAUUCUGAGCAAGAUGCAAAAACAGACAAAAAACAACUCUGCCAAGAAGUGACCCCAGGAUUCCACGACCGCCAAAUGCACCCAUCAGCUGGAAGAUACAGUACAAGUGUGAUGUACAUUUUUGUGUGAAAACCAGAAAAAAAUGAAUGUGCAAGGGAAAUUAUCUUGUGUGCAGUUGGUUCAAACCAUUAGCAUGUUGAGUCGUGUCAUGGCCUUGCGGUCAUUCAUACUUUGCUGCUUUAUUAACAUGAAAUAGGAUUUGGUGGUAUUGUCAACGUUAAAUGAAUCAGUCUCUACAAUCAUUGCAGUGUUUCACCAAUUAUUAAUACGGUCAGAGGCACUUCUACAUCAGCUUUGCCGAUGGGUUCUAACUGCACUUGAAGUUAAAAGGAGUGCACCAUGGCCCUAUCGUUCGAAUGGGAGACGAUAGCUCUUCCAACCAGUAGGGCUACGAAAGAUGAAAAUCACUUAAUAUUGCUUUAUGGGACAGCCGUGGCCUAAUGGUUAGGGAGGUGGCCUUAAGAUCAGAGGGUUGCAAGUUUGAAUCCCACCCUAGCCCUCACAACACCUUCAUCCAUUGCUGAAGUGCCCUUCAGCAAAACACUCAACCUUCAUUGCUCCAGGGACUGUAACCAAUAACCUGUAAAAUAACUGCAAGUCGCUUUGGAUAUAAGUGUCAGCCAAGUGAAAUGUAAUAUUGAUUUUAAUUUCCAUGAAGCCAUGAUGAGGAUGAGAGAGCAGUGGGACAAGUAGGGGUUCAUGAUCUGAGGUAUUAAGGUUAAGAAAGAUUGGCAAGUUGGUUCUUUAACUAAAGGACUGUUUUAGUGAUGAGGUUGAAGGUUGUGUGAAUGGGAAGGUUUCAGCAUGUGUAAAAUUGUUAAGAAAUAAUGUAUAAACAGUGUUGUAGCAUAAGAUAGGGCAGAAUUUAGAUAUGCAUUUAGGCAUUAUGUGAGAAGACUGAAAGAGGAUGUUGCGUAGAAAUAAUGUGUGGCAAGUAUUUUUUAUGUGUAAUACUCAAUUUAUUUUGUAAAUUUUGCAAACUCAAUAAAAAGAUACAUGAAUGAAUCCACUUUCUGACAUUUUACUUUGCUUGCAUUUUCCUGCUCUUUUCUCAUAUUGUACAAAGAUGUAAAGAAAUAUCUAGCAAGCUGACUGAAACAACUUAACAUGUUAAUGAAUGGUACACUUUUUUUUCUUCAGUGUUAAGAAAAUGAAAAACAAACAUAUUUAUUUAUUAUACACAUUAUCCCCACUGUCAGUGUUGAGGGACUGACCUAAUGGCUACAAGUCAUCCUACUUCCUCCCGUCCUUUCCUGCGGCCUCUGUCCUUUGGCUUAGUGUCACCCCUCCUCCAUGAAGGAAACAAUAAGGGUGUCCCCCGCUGUCAAGCAGUGCAGAGCAACUUGUUGGGGGCUUUCAUCAUUCAAUAUCCUGAUCAUGAAUGAAUGAAAGAAUAAC